AUGCCACCGUACGUCCUUCGCACUGCGCUGCUACGCGGCCACCUUGCUCUCCCCAUACCUUCGGCCAUGCGUGUGCGAUAUACUCAUCGCAGACCUAGUACCCUACCUAUCUUCUCUCUUGAGGGGAAGGUCUGCGUCGUCACUGGCGCCUCCCAAGGCCUCGGCCAACAGAUCCUCGCCGCAUUCGCCCGCUCAGGUGCCCACGGCGCCGUUGUCGAUCUUGAACUCGAUUCUGCGAAACACUCCGUCGAAGGCAUGCAGGCCGAAGUCAAAGAAGCCGGUCUCCCCGAAGCAAAUCUCCGUCCCUACGAGUGCGACACGUCGGACGAACAAGCCGUCAAGUCCACCUUCAAGCAGAUCGUGCAGGAUUCGGAAAGCCCGGCGGAGGAAUACUCGUACGAAGAUUGGAAGAAAAUGCUGGAGGUAAACAUCGAUGGGACGUUUCUGUUCGCGAGAGAGACGGGGAAGCAUAUGAUUGAGAAGGGAAUCAAGGGUGCAAUCAUCAUGGUUAGCAGUAUGUCGGGGCGGAUUGUGAAUAAGCCGCAGAAGCAGAGCGCGUACAACACGUCGAAAGCAGCAGUGGCACAUCUGAUGAAGUCUCUUGCUUCAGAGUGGGGAGAGCACGGCAUCCGCGUCAACGCCAUGUCGCCCGGCUACAUCGACACACCGGCGAACCAGGACGAAGAGAUGAAGGAGCUGAGCAAGGAGUGGUUGAAGAUGAUUCCCUUGGGACGGAUUGCGAAGCCGGAAGAGUUCAGAGGAACGGCGGUAUGGCUGGCGAGCGAUGCAAGCAGCUAUGUGACGGGCUCUGAGAUCAUCGUAGAUGGCGGGUAUACAAUCUGGUGA